AUGACGGAUGGUAUGCUCCUGCGUGAAUGUCUUGUGGAUCCCGAUCUUACGUCAUACUCAGUAAUUAUGCUAGAUGAAGCCCACGAGAGAACAAUAAAUACAGACGUCUUGUUUGGUUUGCUCAAAGCCGCUGCCAAAAAACGCCCCGACCUAAAACUCAUUAUCACCAGUGCAACCCUGGACGCUGUGAAGUUUUCUGAAUAUUUCUUCGAGGCACCCAUUUUUACGAUUCCCGGGCGGACUUUUCCUGUAGAGAUCCUUUACACGAGAGAACCAGAAACGGACUACCUCGAUGCUGCUCACAUCACUGUUAUGCAGAUACAUCUAACAGAGCCACCCGGCGAUAUCCUUGUUUUCCUCACUGGACAGGUGCGAAUCAAUUAUGAGCAGACUUUCAUUGAAGAAAUCGAUACAUCUUGUGAAGUUUUAUAUGAACGUAUGAAAGCCUUGGGCCCGGACGUGCCUGAAUUAAUCAUUUUGCCAGUGUAUGGUGCUCUUCCCUCAGAAAUGCAGACGCGAAUCUUUGAUCCAGCUCCGCCAGGAAAGCGAAAGGUAAGUUGGCUUAGAUAG